AAGUGACGUCAGUGAGGUUGGGGCGUAUAAAAGCGCAGGAGUGGGCGGGCUGAGUGACAGAGUGUUUUUGUGAGAGAAGUUAAAGAUGGUGCAACUUUCUAAAACUGGAGCGAGAGACAUGCUCAAAGCUGGUCAUCCGCCCGCAGUGAAAGCUGGAGGGAAGAGAGUGGUGAAGAAGAGUGCUGAUGAUAAUGCCAAUGUGGAGAAGGAGCCCAAGAAGGUGGAUAAAGCCAGGUCCCUGCCGACUCCUUCCAGAAUGCAGCACCUGAGUCUGCUGCUGGCUGGUCCACUUGAGAAGCUGAGUCAUGAUUUCCCAGAGACUCCAGUUUCUGUGCGCCACAGCAGAGUCCGACCGAGCGUGGAGAAACCUCACGUCCCUCGCCUCUCCAUCUGCAUUCAACAGCCACGCAAAUUUUGAGCCAAAAUGGCUUUCACUGCUGAGCUUCUGACAACAUGACAUGCGAAAGACAACCAGGAUGUUUUUGUAGGUGAAUCAUGGAUGUAACAAAGUUACUGUAAUGUGACCUGAUCAUCUUGUUUGUAUCUUUUAGAGCUUCAAAGGUUUUUCUUCAUGAAUGGUUGUGUGGAAGAUUCAUUAACCCAGUGUGAA